CUGGUACCAACAGCCUCAUUCUUACAUUUUGAGGUGGGGGAAAGAGCUCGCCCUUACGAUCAAAAUAUGAUCUAGGAGCUCUGAACGGUUGUGACAAUGGAUCCAUUCUCUUUGACUUUGGGCCUCUUGCCGUUGGUCGGCGGAGCAAUGAAGGCAUGCUCUGUUGUCCGCAAGAAAUUCAAGACGUUUCGCCACUACUCGCGAGAAAUCCGGCGCAUCCAAAAGCAAGUUGACCGCCAACUGAACUUCUUUACGAAUGAGAUCCACCUGUUGCUUAGACGAACUGUUGAUGAUGAAGAGACGAUCGCAUUGAUGCUCGAGAAUGAGAGCACUCAACAAUGGCAUAGCAAACAGAUUGAGGAAGAGAUGAGAAAGGCACUAGACAAGGACUAUGAUGUCUGCCAGGGUGCGAUUGAAGACAUUGUCGGCGCGGCGCAAAGCUUCCAGGACGACUUCCGCUGCUUCGAUGGACUCACGGCAGAGUGUCGACAGGGCGAAAGUCUCAAAGAUGCUGUGCGCCGGCUUCGCGGACGGGUGAAAAUCUCACUAGACGAAUCCAGGUUCGAGAAACAUAUCCAAGAUCUGCGAGCGUCCAUCGACGACCUCAAACGUAUCCGAGAGCAGAGGAGUGAGCUGAGGCGAAAUAAGAAUGAGCUCAUAGCAACGAAGCCGAACCGUGGAAAACUAAGCCAAGAAUACGGGCAUAUCGGUCAAGUCAGGAGGGCAUCGAAAGCCUUUCACGAAGCCCUUGCUGAAGCUUGGUCGACCUCGAGUACUUCCGCCGAGGUACUCGGCAUGCGCCAUACUGUUAGACUGUUUCUGGAUACCACGGUCAAGGACGAUGUUCAGAUGCAUGUUGCUAUAUCAUGCAUGGGCCAUGAGCUUACUGAUAGGGCUAUGGCACAGGAAAGACUCGCUAGAAUUCUAGUACGAUCACAGAUACGGACCUGGAUCGCUGAAACCGACAACUCUACGUCGACUGUAGCUGAUCCAGACGAAAGGCCCCGACAGAAACGAAGAAAGGUUCGCUUCUCGCAAGACAUCCGAGAAGAGGCCGGCAAAGAAGACGAUGAAGCCGACGCAACGAGGGAUAUUCAUCAUAACCAAGGCCCAUCAGUCAACUUGUGCUCAAAGGGUCUUUGCCCGGCCUUGAAUAGUGUCUUCAACUUUGCCUCGGAAAGGGCCUGUAGCGACCAAUGUCUAGGGUACAUUGACAGCUCAUCGCAAGAUCCCUUCCGGCAUUCGAUUUACCCGGGAUCCGUGGACAACCACAACCAUAUCAUGACCACGCCUCAAGCUCUGAUGUCAAUGAACGAAGUGCUGAUGACUCCCGCCGAGACAACGCUCUCCAUCAUCGACCAACUCAAACUGGCUCGUGAUAUGGUCAGCGCGGUUCUCAAGUUCUACUCGACACCGUGGCUGAGAGAGUACUUCACCCUACGGGACCUUUCCUUCUUUCAGAUGAGCGGGGACUUUUCCAGGUGCCUUCAGACCCUCCAUCUAGGCUUCGACUUUGUCCAGUCAUCCGCCGCAAGCCUACCACGGAGCAUGGAGGGGAUAGAAGCGACAGCCAUGCCGGACAGCAACAGCGCCGGCCCUAACGAAGUAGAGACCGCGGCCGAGCGCGCGAAGUUGGAGUACGGUAUACGCAACCUGACGCUUUGGAGUCUCGGCAUCACUCUGCUUCAGAUCGGACGGUGGUCUAGCCUAGAGGCCCCGGAAGACGUUCUCAGCGUUCGGAGGCUAUCGCGACAGGUCCCUACUUUGGGGCCGAAGUAUAGAGACCUUACUAGGAAGUGUCUGGAGUGUGACUUUGGGUUCGGCGACGACUUGUUGAAGCCGCGCUUGCAGCAGGCUGUGUACGAGAGCGUGGUUUGCGAGUUGAGCGAUAUGAUCAAGACCCUCGAUGUCAGCGACGAUUGAAGAUGUUGGAUAGCUUCCUGGGGUAGUUUGCAUUUGUGCUGCGACCGGGUAGGACAAGGCAUAUCCGCAGUACACAACCUUGAAGACCACGGGAAGAUGUCAUUGCAUCGUUUCACAGUAUUGCUGUCUUCCUCAACCUCAAGAAAUGCUCAGAAAUAGUUUUUGUCGACGUCGCGUCCUACCUUCCCAUGAAGCUGCUUUGCAAAGACCAUCAGGUCUGGCGAUGGAAAGAUUCGAGUCAAUAUGGAAGUUGUGACUUGACAAACUCUUGUUCUCCCAGGGGCCUCCAAAGUACCCAUCAGACACUAAAAGACGACUAAGCUGUCUCGAGGUGAGAUCUCCCCAACAAGCCGAUCCUCGAAGUUGACCAUAUCUCACGCAGUCUACCUUUCAUUCGCACCGUGAGCGUCCCACAGGCUCCCGGGAGACUUCUAUUCAUUUGAU